AUGAUCACAAAUAGAAUAUCAAGUGUAACCCCUUCAAUGUUGGCAACAGAACUUAUGAAUAAUUCAAAGACUCUUAAUAAAACCCUUGAUACAUCAGCAAACCAAGUUCAACCAACAUCUACCCGAUUUGCACCAAAUCUUGAACCAAUUCAAAAUACCCUCAAGUAUGAUAAAAAGUUGCAUUAUCCAUGCAUAUCAGAAUUUGAAAAAGCUGAAAGUACCGUUAUAGCAAAACAAUACGGUGUUAAGGAUACCCAAGAUCCCAAAGUACAAGCUGUGCUCCUUGGUGUUGCCUCCAUGAUUAUGCUAGUUCUUUUAACUAAAUAUCUGGACUUGUUGGCUUUGGAUUCUACUGGUCGUCGCAAUAGUUUAAACUUCCCAAAUACAGCCUUCAUGGUUAGGUCAGAUGAACCUCGUGGUCGAGUUGUAGCAACAUUUGUAAGUGAUAAGGAAACAAUACCCAUCGUCGAUCUUAUGUUUGAGUCA